UUCAAAUAUGUGCACUCAAUCCUAUUCCCAGUAUGAAACAGGACCAAACUUCUAUUCCAUCACUAACAUCUUUCACCAUUUUUGCAACUCAAAGAAUCUGAGAGCCAUUAAAGUAUUUCAUUCACAUCUAAUUAGAACAGGAUUACUCUUUAUCUCCCCUAACUUUCAGUUCAAACUCAUAUCUACUACAUGCACAACUACUUCACUUCCCAAUGGUAAUAACCUUAAAACCUUAAUCAACUUCUUCAAAUUCCUCAAACCCAAAAACUCUUUGCUCUUAAAUUCAAUUCUUUCCCAUUUUUCCAAAAAUAGGUUUCAUUUUCUUGCUCUUAAAACAUUCUCUUUCAUGCAUUUUAGUGGUAUUGACAUUGAUUCAUACACCUUGUGUAGCUCCAUUACAGCUUCAUCUGCUAUUAAAGAUGUAAACUUUGGGCAAAUGGUUCAUACCCUUGUGUAUAAAUCAGGUUGGAUUUCUAGUGUUUAUGUGGGGUCUGCUUUGGUUGACAUGUAUGUUAAGUCGUUGUGUAUCAAGAAUGCAGCUAUAAUGUUCGAUGAAAUUCCUGUGAAGAACACAGUGUGUGUGAACGCGCUUCUUUCGGGCUAUUCUGAGGCUAAGAUGUGGAUGGAAGGAUUGGCAUUAGUUAGGAACAUGCCGUGCUUGAAUCUAUCUUGGGAUAAUUUCACUUUUUCAGCAGCUUUGCGUGCUUGCGUUGGGCUCUCUGCAUUUGAAUUGGGUAAGCAAGUUCAUGGAUGUGUUAUUCGAAAAGUUCAUGACUUGGAAUCUGAUGUUUUUCUUCAAAGUUUGUUGAUUGAAAUGUAUGGCAAAUGUGGGUCAGUGGAGAAGGCUGGGCAUGUAUUCGACAUGGUCGGCUUUAGAUGUGAAGAAAGAAAGAAGGAUGUUGUUCUUUGGACAUCAAUGCUUGGUGUUUGCGGAAGAAAUGGGAAAUUUGAAGAAGUGAUUAGUUUGUUCAAUGACAUGGUAAUGGAAGGAAUCAAACCAGAUGGUGUAGCAUUAUUGACUGUUCUCUCCGCUUGUAGUCACACUGGCCACGUAAAUCUUGGAAUGGAGUACUUUGAAUCAAUGGCAUCUAAUUACAAUUUGGAACCCAGCCCCGAGCACUACAGUUGUGUGAUUGAUUUACUGUGUCGUGCAGGUGAGUUGGAUAGAGCAUGGAAACUAAUCAACGAGUUAUCUUACAAUGAUAAUGAUAAUUUCACUGUUACCUUGUGGGGAGCCUUGCUUAGUGCCUGCCAUAACUUUGACAAUGUUGAACUAGGUAAAUUAGCUGCUCAAAGGGCAUUGGAUUUGGACCCUCAAAAUGAUGGGGUUUAUGUUCUGCUAUCGAACAUGUAUGCCAGGAAUGGCCUGUGGAAUGAAAUUGAGAUGUUGAGGGAAGAGAUAAAAGAGAAGGGAUUAAAGAAAGACAUAGGACAUAGUUUGGUAGAUAUCUGUAGAUGAGAUAAAAGCAAUGGUCAAAAAUACACCGCAUUCUUCUUCUCAAGGAUUCGUGUAGCUAAAAGAAAUGUUUUAAGAGGUAUUACUGGCACAGAUUGUGAGGGUCCUUGAUGAUUCUCGUUGUGUAAGAUAGAUUGCGACAAGUGAUUAGAGCAUACUAUAAGUGCAGUUAUGAUGUUCAAGGUGGUUCACACAUGGAGUGCUCCUACAAGUGUGUAGCUGAAGUUAGAUUUUUCAAAGACCAUGUUUCAACGUGGACUAGUUUCUUGUGUGCGACUGCGAGCAUUUAAAGCAGUAGAGUGCGGGGAGUAACCUUUAAAUCCAAAUAUUCCAGGACAAAGGAAACCAAAAAUAUUCAUCAAAUUGACAUGAAGCUAAAUAAGGAGCUCGCUGGGGCAGAGGAGUGCCUCUCCAUCUCAAUGAAGAGCUACUUGAAAGAAACCUUUACUCUGGAGACAUUCUUCAAAUUCAAUUUUCAUUGAAGCUCUUAAAAAUUAUGUUGGACUUGAGGGGAUGAACCGAUUUCUUAUUUGUGAAGUGACAACAGAGAAAGAGGAUUUGGGCUGUGCCAUGACUUUGAUAUGCUCGGACUUAUGAGCAACGUAAGCGAGAGUCUAUAGUAGUUAAAGAUGAUGGAAUUACAGGUGGGCAGGGAGGAGGAAGGAAUUAGAGGAGAUAAAGAAGAAACUAUGGCAAUUCAAUGUUAAAAUCUGUGGGACACGCUAGUCGCCAGGGCUGCAUGAAGUGCACAAGAUGGCAAGAACUAGCUCAUCUGGAAAAGUAACCAUAAUUCUUUAUAAGUUUCCUCAUAUUUGAAGCAUAAAGGUUACAACUAAAUAUCAGGAUAUAACUUUAAGUUUCCUCAUAUUUUGAAGCAUAAAGGUUACAAAAUAAAUAUCAGGAAAUGACUUGCUUUUAGUUCUUAACUUCAUGGUCAAGAAUCAAAUGAAAUGGGUCCUACUAAGAGACCCACGGACAUAUAAGGCACAGAUGAGCCAUGUGAAAGGAAGUCCAAACCAUAUUCAGUGAUACGAAAUAUCCUUGCCUCCUCAGUGAAGGAUGAAUUUAUUGCUCGUUUUUCGUCAUUGUGCAUUGAGAUUCAGUUGCUAAGUUGUGGAAUGACUGGAGGAUCACUAAUAGUCAGAAAAGCUUUAAAACAAUGGCAAUGGAAAAGUUGUGGAAUCUGAUAGUUAUGCAUGUGUAAAGUGAGCCUUGUGGUUCAGUUGAACAUGCUCGGCUUUCAAGGUAUAUCAAAACAGAAUUCAUGAAAUAAAUUGGGUAAGAUCUUCUAUAACAAUGUAUCGACUAUCGAGAUGGAAAAUGAGCUAUGUUGUUUGAAGAUUUCCAGAUAUCUUCAAGUAGAGUACCAUUACCAAUGCAUAUUUCAUCAAAAUAAAGAUUGUACCUCAAAAGUUUUUCGCUGUGACAUGGUUUAUGUAUAUAGUAUGAUAAUCUGAAGAUAUUUACUGAUGGUUUAUUUCGCAUCUGGAGGUGCAAGUUCAUACUGCAGCUCUCAGAAGGUAGUUUGCAGCUCUCAGAAGGUAGUUGAGCUUGAUAGAUGGACAGCAUCUACAAUUGAAACCUGCCUCUGAUUGUGAAUUUAUUAUAACUAUAUGUACCGUGAUUUUCGUCACUCUGCUAAGAGCUCUGAUGUAAGAGGUCUUUUCAAUUUUAUCCUGAUACAGUUUUACUGCACCACAGGGAGUCGUGGGAAAGAAUUACAGUUUUACCAAUCUUUGAUCUACUAUGAAGAGAGUUGUCUUAAAAUGUUUCUGAGUAGAGUGAUAUAGAGCUUACUCCAUUAAUUGCACUUUGUAGCAUAGUGAAGAAAUUUGCUUUCUUUUAUCUCAUGGAAAAUAAUUGGCUGCAUUUGAUACAGAGCCUCAUCUGGAUGUUGCCUUCUGUUAAUAUAAAUUGAUUCAAAAGUAAAUAGAUCACCUGUGUUCUGCAAGCUUGGCUAUUUCUUAAUAGGAAGGAUAGUAGUCUUGUAUGUUUAGGUUCAGGUGAAGAGAAAUGCAAAAGAAAACACUGUAUUGGUUGGUCUCAAAUGUUUGAAAAAUACAUAUGUAAAAUGAAUAUUUUGCUGAAAACAGGUUAAUGUGUAAGGUUGCGGGUUACCAAAAGAAAGAAGUCUCAACAUAUGUGAUUCUCACGUUCUUGUUAGCAAAAGUCCUAUUUUAGUCAGUCGCACAUGGUUGCAUAUCUGAUCGUCUAUCGGUGUGAUGGUCAUAUGUUGCAAAGCUCUAAAUUCAGAGAAGGUGCUUGAGUAAAAGCAAUGAUCUAAGAUUUUAAGCAACUUCAGAAACUUAAAUGUUUUGAAAGUUUCAUGGUUUUACUGUUUUUUGAGCUCCACAACUUUGCGAGGGUCACAUGGCCCAGGAGUUGUGGCGGGUGCUCAUCCGUUGCAGAGGUGGAUGCACACAAAGGAGGUGCUGCACCUGCAGAUGACAAUGCCCAUCCGAUGUGGCUCAAAAGUAGCGUGGAGAGCAGUCCAAUAGAUUUAGAAGUUUCCAGAAAUGCUCAUCUCAUGUAGGAAGGUGAUAGAGUGCACAGGGUCUCAACUGAGCUCUUGUAAAAACGAACAAUUGAAAGCAUAGUUGUGCAUAUAAGAUUUUGUUCUUUCCUCACACGUUAAAUGUUCUCUUUGAUAAUCUACUAAAUACUUGGCCACUUUGGCUUGUUUGGACUACCAAGCUUUUUAGGGAUUCAAGUAUUUAGCUUGCACACCUGGGGGAGAGACUGCUCAGUGCCUAUGAUGAGAGUUUUUUGUUUUUGUUUUUUUUGAUAGGUAAUAUGAGAUCAGCACCUAUGAAGAGUAGUCGGCUUGGUUGCUGCACGGUUAUGUUGGAGAGAUUCAAGGCUGUGACAAUAAGGGCUUUACAAUAUUCUUUACUAAAGGGCAGCCCGGUACACUAAGCUCCCGCUAUGCGCGGGGUCCAAGGAAGGGCGGGACCACAAGGGUCUGUUGUACGCAGCCUUACCCUGCAUUUCUGCAAGAGGCUGUUUCCACGGCGCGAACCCGUAACCUCGUGGUCACAUGACAAUAACUUUACCAGUUAUGCCAAGGCUCUUUACUACUGGAGUAAAACAUAUUUGAAGGGACAGACUUCAAGAGUAACAUGGCAUUGAUGUGGUAUAGAGAAGCCUGAGUCACCAUCAAACUCCAAAUAGAAGAAAAUUGUGGUUCAUAAUUAGCUUUAGGCACAUUCUUUUAUUAUUUUUGUCAUUCUUUUUGUUUUCUUUAUCCACACUCAUUAUUUCUUGGAGAGACACUCUUGAUCAAUCUUGUGUACAUUCGGUUUUCA